UGAUGCAGACAAUUUGAGGACACCGACAUGUCACCCUGUUGAAAACACUUUCUUAACAGAUGUUUGGGGGGGGGGGGAGGUGUAGUCAAGAGAGUGAACUGUCACAGAAAUAAAUUUACUUUAGAUGUCGCCUCCAUCUUGGUGCAUAGUUGCUAGUCAUAGUGUACCACAAUGACAGACUGUGGACCCAAGAACUGCAAACAGUUUUGCUACCAAUUUGUCACCGAGAACUUGCUGGUCAUUCUGACCCUACUCGCUGUGAUAGUUGGUAUUAUUGUUGGCAUAUCAGUUCGACAAAUAAAUCCUUCACAAGAUGUCAUUAUAUGGAUCGGUCUUCUAGGUGAAGUGUACAUGCGCAUGCUCAAAAUGAUGAUCCUUCCAUUGAUCAUUUGCAGUGUCAUAUCCGGCACAGCUUCAUUGGAUCCUAAAUGUAAUGGUCGCGUCAGUUUAAUCUCUCUGACUUUCAUCAUCGUCUCUAACUCACUGAGCUGUGUUGUACCUAUAGUCUUAGCUCUCUCCCUUAAACCAGGUGAUGGCAUGAACCUCCAGUCUGGUGUCAUUGAUUCAAAGGCUAAUACUGAAAUUGAAACGUCCGACAUAUUUGUUGAUUUAAUCAGAAAUUUGUUUCCAGAAAAUAUUUUUACUGCAUGCUUUCAGCAGGUUCACACUAUUUAUACAACAAAAACAUUGUCACUAAAGCUCAACGAAACAUUGGAUGAUAACAAAACAACCAGUUUCCAGCCCAUCAAUUCAACUUUUACAGUCAGGACUAAAAGUGUUGGCACAGUCUCGUCUACCAAUGUUUUAGGUCUAGUUAUCUGCUGUUUGAUAUUCGGCGUGGCUUCGUCUUCAACUGGAAACAUAGGGAAACCAUUUAUCGUUUUUUUCAACUCUGCCAACGAGAUUAUUCUCAAAAUUUUACGCUGGUUUGUUUGGACUACCCCACUGGGAGUUAGCUCAUUGAUAGCAGUGGCUUUUCUUCAAACCUCAGAUCUGGAAAGUGCCGUUCGAUCUUUAGGAAUGUUUUCAUUAUGUGUAUUGACUGCUCUGGCCAUACAUCAAUUUGUUCUGCUGCCUGCUAUUUACCUUGUAUUGAUCAAGGAAAAUCCUUACAAGUUUCUGUGGACGCUAGGAGGACCUUGGCUUGUAACAUUUGCCGCAGCCAGCUCGGCUGUAGCUAUACCAGAAACUCUAAUGGCUCUAGAAAAGAGAAACAAAAUAGACAAACGUAUUACCAGAUUUGUCGUUCCUUUCGCAACUACUAUCAAUAGAGACGGAAGCUGUGUCUUCAUCGCCACUUCAUGUAUAUUUAUAGCCCAGUUGGUUGGUGCUGAACUGCAUGCCGGGAGAAUUGCUUUAAUGUGGAUUUUAACUACAGUCAUCUCUGUGGCUAUUCCCUCGGUUCCUAGUGCUGGAGUGGUUGCUGUGGUCAUCAAUUUGACGGCAUUGGGAAUUCCUGUUGAUCUAGUUGGUUUACUUUUUGCCGCAGAGUGGAUUCUGGACAGAUUCCGUUCUGGAACAAACAUGAUAAGUCAUGCCCAUUGUGCCAUGGUGACUUACAGAUAUUGUCAAAAAUAUCUUCCAGCACAAGACAAUGGGAUAGAGCUAGAAAUCAGUGAGCCCAUGUUGAAGAGUUAAGACAGGACAAUAACAAAUGGGCUGGAGAAAAGUUUGGUGAAGAAAAUGGUGCUAUUUCAAACAAUGUCAUAAAAUACAACAAACAUGCCAAAGAUUUCAUUUCAAAUGUAUUUAAUGUUGACCAGAUAAUGUUUACCUUUUAAAGGCAUUAUAUUUUAUGUCUAGAGCAUCAUUUUUUAAAUAAAAUCUAUUGAAUCUAUUAAACAUAAUUAUUUGUACGGUAUUUAACAAUCAAACAAAAUGUUAUUAUAGCAAUCACACAAUCAUGACUUUUUACUAUACACAAGCAUGACAUUGUAAUAUUUUUUUUAUCACUCAAUCAUGAUAUUGUAAUAUUAUCACACAAUCUUGAUAUUCUAAUAUUAUAAUCACACAAUCAUGGAUCCUAGUAUUCUAACUUACAAACGUACCGGUAGCAGUUUUUCUAUGACAAGCAUGCCAUUUGAAUAUCACGCAUAAGACUUAAGAGCCAAGACCCAAUGCUCAUAAAUUUGAUUAUAAUAAAGAGUCUUACGUUACAUUA